AUUAUCGCUGAUAAUUGCCGAUAGAAAUAUCGCGAGGCAAUUCUUUAGUUUCGUCUGUAUUUUGUCCACAAUGGCUGUAACGCGACGAGGUUAUAUUUUUGGUGCAUUUGUGAUUAGUGUUUUAAGUGUCUUGCUAAUUGUUGUUUCAUUGGCUAGUGAUAGUUGGGUGGUGUCAACAUUGACGGUGACGGGUCAGCAAGCAGCGAGCACAAUUAGAUAUGGCUUAUUUGGAGGAGAGUUGACAUUACGAGAAUUAGCUACACCUAACUGGAAUCAACUGUAUAUGACAUGUGUAGCUGAUGUGAAUGCAUGCGCAGUGAGCUGCAAGCCUGACCGUGAAACCAGAACAUUGGAGGUACGAGCUUUGGCCAAUGGCUAUCGACCCACAGCCAGCUGCGUCGGACCCACUGAGGUUGACACCAGCAACCCAAUGGCUACUCCACCGGUGAUCUCAUUUGCGUUCUACGUGAUCCUGAUAACUGUGCUUGCUCUCGAGCUGUUAUUGGGCGUGAUAGCGGCUGGUCUGGCCAUCUUGAAUGCUACUAAAAAUCCCACAGAACCUGUGUUUGGAUUACCUGGAUGCCUUUGGACCAAUGUAGCGGCUGCCUUACUGGGAGUGACAGUGAUGCUAAUGUUCGGCAUCUAUUGGCUGAUGUCAGGACUCAAUGAGCACCUCGCUAUAUCAUUCGUCGCUUUGGGACUAUUCGAACCAGGACCAGGUCUUGGGUACUCUUAUUGGUUAUUAAUAGGUGCCUGUCUCUGUUUCAUAGCUAACGUAGCUCUCAUCCAGACAAGAGCGUACCUCUUAGAACGAGACCCACCUCCGCCAGUUAUAGACGUUCAAGAACAUUCUGAUGGAACAAUAUUCUUGUACUAGAAAUAGGGUAGAUGAUUAAUUUUUGUCUUGUAGAUUGUUUUAAAAUAUUAAACACGUAUUUUUUAUUUUCUAGCGGAAACAAAUACUUUCGAAGAUAAUAAUAUAUUGAUUUGAAAUGUCGUGUGACGUCACUUCUUCGUACAUUUUAUACGUAGUAAUGACCUAUUGUAUUUGCUCCUAGUGCUAAACAUUGAUACGUGUUAUCUAAGUAUUGUUAUCUUAUAUGACAAAAUAAAAAAUACGUGUCUAAUAUUUUUUCAUUAACUAACUGACGGACUAAAUAGAUUUUUAAUUUUCUGUUAUAUGAAGACACGGUUUGACAGUUAUACAGUUGGUGUCUAUUGAAUCGUGUUUUCAAGUGUAGUGUACACAAAUUGAAAUGAGUAAAAAUAGAACUUUGUUUUAUUUCACACCUCGGAGAAAAUCGUCUCAAUGCGUCCAGAGAGCUUAGUACGAGUUUGUUAUACGUUUAGCGAGAAUUCAACAGGAGCGCGUUUAGCGCUCUGAUUCGUUAGUUAAUUCGCGGUGGCCAAUCAUCGCGCUAAACGCGCUCUCGUUUCGAUUUCGUUCAUAGUAAAGCAAGAUAAAAUAUUUUUAUAUCAAAAUUUUAUUCUUAGACACUAAUAUCGGUUUAUUUGCCUGGGACACCGAAAAAACAGAAUUUUUAAGAGUAUUGUGAGGUUUUUUUUAGUUUUAAGACCGUAUAUGAGUCCAAUAGUCCGUUUUAUCUCCCAGAAGCAUUUCACAAAUAUUCCACGGAACAAAUCAAAAUGGUGGGUUUUCUGAUGGAUAGGAUAGGUGAAAGCCUGCCAAAAGAAAUAAAGUCGAACAAAGUAUUGCCAAGAGAAAUAAAGAUUGUAUUUAUUUCUAUAAAAUAAAAUAUUGAGUUCAAUUGAGCAAUUUCAACAUUCCAACAUUCUCACGAAGCUUCGGACAACCUAGCGGGUUUACCGGGGCUCCGGCUCGAAAAGCAGGAGAAGGAACGGGGUGGUUUUUAGUUAGUAAUAGUCUGACACUUCCUCUCGUCUCCCUCAAAAGGGGAGAAGUGAUUGGAUGAUUUACCCCUCUUAAAAAAAAAACAU